AUGCUACAUCAGUAUGUAACUCAUAAAAUGAUGUACAAGUUUUUACUAAUUAGUAUCCUAUUAAUUCUUACAAUUCGAAUCAACAUUAGUGAAGGUUUAUUCAGAUGUAAACGUCUUGGUGAAUCAUGUCGUAGAACUAUAUUUCAUCAUUGUUGUGGUCAUGCUACAUGUGAAUUAAAUGGUAACAAGGGUAUAUGUGUUCCGUGUUUACCAGUUGGUCGUUCAUGUUGGAGAAAUAAAGAUUGUUGUAGUGGAAGAUGUCAUCGUUUUAAAUGUAAAAAAUUUAAAAACCCAUUUAUUAACAGUAUUUUACAAAAUCAAUUUUAAGCAAAUUAACAUGGAAAAUAGUGAAUUUUAAUGUUUUGAAACAGUUUACUUGUUUAAAUGAAGAUAGAUAAUAUGUAAAGUAAUUUAGCGUAUUACUGUCACUAUAGUGAAUUAAUCAUAAUUUGCAAAAACUGAAAAAUUAAAUAAAAAUACACUUAUU